ACAAAAUCAACCCUCAAGUGCCUCUGCAGGAAACAACAGAACUUGAGCGGGAGUUGACGACAGUGCCAUAUGAGGCCAGGAUGUUCACUAUCUCUUGGACCACCGGGGCGUGCGCAUCGUUAGGAAUUACCUCCAGCUACUUAAAGGCACAGCUUCGCCAUGGAAAUCGACUCCGCCCACCAGAUCGUGUACCGGAUCGUCCUCCCGUUCUUCAUUGCGCUGGGCAUCCUGAUCAACGGCUUGGCAAUCGUGGUCUUAGCUCGACCAAGGCUGAGGUCAGCUCGGGUCAACAGGUACUUCCUCCUGCUGGCGAUCUCUGACCUGAUGGUGUGCUUUUUCUACAUCCCGGUGGCUACAACCAUAACAGGAUGCGUAUUCAGCUCGUACACGGAAGCCUUCUACUACGCCCACUUCGGCUGGACUUUCGUGGGCGUUAGCCAGGCCCUGGGCACGUACAUCAUCGUGUGGUUGGCUUUGGACCGCUUCAUGGCCGUGUGGAUGUACCAGCUGUACCCGCGGCUGCAGAAGAAGCCCAACGUCCUCAGGAACAGGAUGAUCGUGACGGCCAUCACGAGCUUCUUCUCGCACCUCCCCUACAUGAUCAAGGCGGCCGUAGUGUGCACCGUCGAAGGCCCCGACGGCGCCGACUGCGCCAGAGGGGAGUGGGACGGCAUCACCGGCUACGAGUAUGAGUUCACCAAGACGUGGCACAAGUAUUACCGGGUGUUCUUCAGCCUGUACAUCCGCUGGAUCCCGAGCGUGCUCAUGGUCGUGUUCAACGUUGGGAUGAUCGUGGCGGUGGUGAAGGGCCGCGUGCGGCACCCGAAAACGCAGGGGAAGGCCGCAGGAAGGUCGGAGAAGAAGCUCAUCUUCAUCAUGAUCGCCAUCACAGCGUCCUACAUUCUCUUCACCCUCCCCAUCACCCUCUACAUCACGGGGUUCUCCGAGAAGCAGGAUAACCGAUGCGGGGGCGAGCACCCUCAGGAGGUCCUCCGCGGCGUCGGCAAUGUCUUCCAGCUGAUCGAACACAUCAUCCACGUCCUGUUCCUGCUCGUGCUCAACCACGGCUUCAAGCAGGAAAUCAAGAUCCUCCUGGGACUCGAAGAGGCGCCUGCACGAAACAACUGCGCAUACGAAAGCCGGAGCAACACCAGCAUGACAGGUCGAACCGUCGUGGUGUCGCCCGGCGCGCAGCACAUCGUCAGCGUGCCCACGGGCAAGCAGGACGAAAGUGCGAGCAACGCCAUGCUCGAGGUCGACAUCGACACCUGAAGAUCUUUUCCCACUUGAAGGAAAGACUUUCUCAAAGAAAACAGAGAUACGAAGUUCCUGAAUACAUGCUUAAAAAUAUUUUCUCUCACAGACAUGUUGACAGUCGGUGUUUGAAAAAAAAGGACAGGUGUUUGUCCACAUUUUCCGUGAUACUGUCAGUUAUACUCCGCCUUGCUUAUGUUGUUUUCCGCUCCAUUCAUGCACUGAUUUCCCAUAGUACAAUCAGCACAGGCCAAAAGAUUUUUUGUAAUAUAUAAUAUGCAUAUAUAGACGUGUGUGCACAUAUUUAUUUGUUUGAGUGCGAGCAUGAAUAUACGUGUUGUAAACAGAUGCAAUUGUACUUAUAUAUUUGAUUUGCAAAUGUAAAUAAUUAUACAAAAUUUUGCAUUAAUCAGAGGAAGGUGGUAAAAGAAGAUAUAAUGAGACAGAGAGCAGAUAAACAACUUUAGAAAAAGCAAAGAACGAUUAAAUAAGAACAUUUUUGCUUCAGCUAAUAUUUAAUGACAGACAGGAGGAAUUGCCUCAUCAUAUGUGAUAGAUUUGUCUUUCAUUGAAUUAUUUACGUGUUUUAUGUAUCAGUAUAUAGAAACACUGAAAAUACGAUUAAACAAGUAUUUAAAUCAAUGUGCUCAUCAGUAUAUACAUGUGCAAUUUACAAUGUGCUUAAUAAAUGCCAUGAAAUAUA